CUCUCUCUCUCUCUCUCUCUCUCUCUUUAGGAUCUGGGGCGACUAUGUUUCCUAAUUCGAGCGAUGGAAUUGACGAUGCUUCGAUAUUUUUGGAGCAAGAUAAAUUACUGGAAGAUCUGCUUGCAGAUUGUCCCAUUUUAGAUGGCAAUGACAAUCCUAAAAAGAGUGUCAAAAAGAGGCCCAUUGAAGCUGAAAAUAACAGCAAUGGCAGCAGCGAAUCCAAGAAGACUGCUCAUAGAUUUACUGAGAAGCAGAGAAGGCAAGAAAUGGCAGCCCUUUAUGCUUCUCUCAGAUCCCUUCUCCCUCUUGAAUACAUCAAGGGAAAGCGCGCUAUAUCUGAUCAUAUGCACCAGGCCGUGAAUUACAUCAACGAUAUGAAGAAGAAAAUCGAAGAACUGAAACCAAGGAGAGAGGGUUUGAGGAAUGUAGUAGGAACUGCUGAUGAAGCUGAGAGUCAAACCUCAAAUGCUACUGAUUCCUCGCCUUACUGUGUUAAGAUAAAUGUAUUCACAGAUGGGGUUGAGAUCUUGAUUAGUAGUAGCCUCAAUAAAGGAUGUUUCCCUCUUUCUAUGGUGCUUGCCGAUUUGCUUAAUAGACAGCUCGAUGUAAUCAACUGCGUUUCUUCAAGAGGCGACCAAUGUUACCUCCACAAAAUUCACAUUCAGCUUAAUGAUUCUGCAAGCAUUGAUCUAUCUGAGCUACAAGAGGGACUGGUGAAUGUGCUUAAACUUGGUUGACUACGGCAGCUGCACUAUAUAUGUAAAGUUUUAAACAUAUUUUUGUUAGCUUGAACUUAAUUAGUGUAUUUUAAACGAUGUUAUUUGAUUUUUUGAAGCUCAGAUUUUUUCUAUUUGCUCAUUUUCAUAUCCUUAGAAGGUUAUACCUAGCUAGGUAUUUGUUUGUGCCAUAAUGCUAAUCAUAUAUACAUCAUGAUGAGAUUUCCAUUAAGUGGGCGUUUGACUAAGCUUAUUUUAAAGAGCUUAUAAGUUUCUAGGAGCUUAUAAGAUGUUUCAAGAGGUUAAUUAUAAAAGAUAUAGUUUCUUAAGAGCUUAUAAGUUCUCAAAGUGUUUCAGUAAUUAAACUUAUAAGCUAGAGAGAGAAAUUUUAGUUAGUGAGAGAAAAUAGAAAAAAAAUGAAAUUAGAAUGAUAUAUGAUGAAAAUAAAAAAUUAUAGUUGAAUUAUUUUUGUAAAAUGAGUGUUGCCUAUAAGAUAAUGAGAAAAUAAGUUGAGGUAGAGAAACUUAUUUUUUGGGGAGCUUAUAAGUUCU